AAUCUGGCACAAGCUGAGAGUUUAUUGGCGUGGGUAACGGCCGUUGAAUGGUAGUAUUGUGUUCGACAUAUUCUUACAGAAUUCAGUGCAUUUUCACUUGAAAGUUACAACAUGGCAACGAAAAGUAGCAAAAAAUCAACUGUAACUUCGUCUUCAACUACAACUUCAUCUGUACGUGAUACGCACACUCCACAACCGAGCACAUCAUCGCCACAAGGGAGGCCUGGUAGCCCGUUGAGUCCUACCCGGUAUAGCCGGCUUCAGGAAAAGGCAGAUCUUCAAAAUUUGAAUGAUCGUUUAGCAUGUUAUAUAGAUCGGGUGAGGCAUUUGGAAGCAGAAAAUAGCAGACUUACUCGUGAAGUACAAUCGACACAGGAAACGGUUACACGUGAAGUGACUAGUAUAAAAUCUAUGUAUGAGAAUGAGUUGGCCGAUGCCCGGAAGUUACUUGAUGAAACUGCACGGGAAAGAGCCAAGUUGGAGAUUGACGUCAAACGAUUAUGGGAGGAAAAUGACGACCUCAAAUUCAGGUUGGACAAGAAGACCAAGGAUCUGGGAAUUGCAGAGAAGAGUCUAUCCAUUUAUGAGUCUCGGGUGUCAGACCUGAGCGCCAAGUAUAACCAGGCAGUAGCAGACCGCAAGAAAGCCACUGACGAAGUGAAAGAGCUGGAAAAGGAAUGCGAGAAACUACGCAAACAAGUGGAAGAUCUGCGUAAGCACCUGGAAGACGAGACCCUUGCAAGAAUAGACCUGGAGAACAACGUGCAAAGCCUCCGAGAAGAACUGCAGUUUAAGGAACAGGUUUACAACCAAGAGCUGACUGAAACUCGCACACGACGUCAGGUGGAGAUCAGCGAGAUUGACGGACGCCUCACAGAACAGUACGAGGCGAAGAUGCAGCAGUCACUUCACGAACUGAGAGAUCAAUACGAGGCACAAAUGAGAGCCAACAGAGAUGAAAUUGAACUGCUGUAUGAGAACAAGAUAAAGAAUCUGACCAACCAAGCGCAGAGAAACAGUGGUGCCGCGACCGUAGCCGUAGAUGAGCUGCGACAGGCUCGUUCCCGCCUCGACGCGUACAACAGCAAAAUCGGUGAAUUAGAAUCAUCCAAUGCUGCGCUCUUGAUUCGUGUGCGGGACCUAGAGAAGAUGUUGGAUCUCGAACGGCAACAUCACGCAGAGGAGAGGGCUGCUUUGGAGUUGGAAUUGCAGCAACUCCGUGACGAGAUGGCGAACCAACUACAAGAAUAUCAAGAUCUUAUGGACAUCAAGGUGGCACUGGAUCUGGAGAUCACGGCAUACCGCAAGUUGCUCGAGUCCGAGGAGGCGAGGCUUAACAUCAGUCCCACGCAAUCGCCGAACGUACGUGUCACACGAGGAACACCCGUGAGGAGAACACCAGUACGUGGCGGUAAAAGAAAACGCACGACUUUGGAGGAAUCCGAAGAAUCGUCGACAUCCAAUUACCACGUAACUUCUCACGCUAAAGGAGAGAUUGAGGUCAGUGAUGUCUGCGCUGAUGGAAAGUACGUGAAACUUCAUAACAAAGGAAGUAAGGAGGUGGUGUUGAGUGGCUGGCAACUUAUUCGUCGAGCCGGAGAUCUGGAGACUUCAUUCAAGUUUCACCGCAGCGUUAAGAUCGAGCCAGGUGCUAAUGUCACAGUUUGGUCUUCUGACUUGGGCCAAACUCAUGAGCCACCCUACAAUAUAGUCAUGAAGGGUCAGAAAUGGUUUGUCGCUGAUUCCAUGACUACUACCCUUCUCAACAAUACUGGCGAAGAAAUGGCAGUAUCUGAACGACGGCGCCAACAGCUUUCCAGUUCAUCAUCACGCCACAGAGAAGUAUCUGGCUUUCUUGCAUCACACAGAUCCUUGGACAUUGGCUCUGAAGAUCUGUACCAUCAGCAGGGCGAUCCCCAAGGAGAAGACCGGUGCAAAAUCAUGUGAAAUUUUAAAAUGUAAUUGAGAAUUUGUGUCCUUGAAUGAAACUUCACAAAGAAAAUGAACAGCUGGUUGGUGUUUGAUUGAAUUCAGUGUUCGGUGAUGUGGCAUGCCAUGAGACUGCCAACAUUCAAGGUGGUAAGAGUUCUGUAUUUUAACAGCAGAGAGUUAUGUUGCCUGCCUGUGCAUGGUAACGUGCAUUGAAGUGGUGCUGCAUUCUCUUCAGGACUUUCAAGUGGUUGCACUUGCUACUGAUACCACUUUAUAUUUUAUGGAACUUAUUCAUAUCAUAAAAAUAAUGUGAGCUUUUCAUAUUUCUGUUACCUCUUUUUUUAUGUAAGGUUUAUUUUGUUACACAUUUUCUAGGAUCUGAUCAUCAUAAUUCGCUUAUCGCUUGCACGGCAGGUCUUUCAUGAAAGCUUUGUCUAAGGAAAUUAGAAUAAUGGUGAAUUAAUUUUAGUAUGUAUGUAGUUCUAGUAGAAUUGUAGGGUCUGGUAUAUUAACAAAAGAUUUUGAUGCUUCAUUAGUAGUAAUACAUAUAAUAUUCUGGUGUUAAUGGAAUCAUCAAUAAUUCCACGGGAUGUAGACGCGGAUAUCCUGCAUUCAGCGCUGUCCGUUCUCUUCCGAGUUCGUUGCUUAUUCUCUUACAGUCAUUAGUAAUGUAUGACUAAGAAAUGUAUUUAAAUCGUGAGCAACUAAAGUUGGCACAUUUUUCUUGUUGCUUUUCACUGCCACUUAAUAAUACAUUUUGUUUGAAGGUUUCGUAUGUAGGAUUUUACUGAUCAAAACAUGGUUUGCUAAUUGAAUAUCUGUCGGACGUCAUUUAUUUUUAGGUGCGAAAUCUUGGCUUUCAUUUUAUAAAAAGUCGCUAAAUAUAAGGUUUGAAUUUGUAGAAUUUUCCUUUAUAGAGUGAAUGACUUUUAGUACGUUGCACUGGGGUGUUGUAUUAAUAGGGUGUAUAUCGUUAGAUGUCACUGACAUUAACUGACGAGUAGCCAUAUUUUUGGUUCCGACUCCCAUUAGCAUCACACAGAAUCUUUAGUGGAUCAUAUCAGAAUUCCAUUGCAAAUCACAGUUCAUGGGAACGUAACGUUCAGAUUUAGUACGGACAUGCACGCGGCAUGACUGAUACGGUUCUUGUGCACACUAUAUUUUUUGUGUGAAUGAAUCAAUCAAUCAGGAAUAUAUAUGAAAACUUUCAUCAUUUGUUGCAUUAAGUCACCUUGUUUCACUGCAGAACAGUUUGCAGUUGAAAUAACAUGUUUAAUUCAAACCUUAUAUUCUGCCUCUUUUUUUAUUAUUAUUAUUACAAAAUGGAAAGAAAAGUAUUGUCUAAAUGAAGCCGUAACGUAAAUUACAUCCCAUCAGCAAAGACUUUCUUAAACAUCAAUUCCAAGGUUUUACACUUUAAAUAAAUGAUUAAGAGUAGAAAAAACAUUUCUCCUUCCUCUCUUUUCAGCUGAGGCUCGUUUCCUUAAUUUUCCCUUUAGUGGAUGAAACGUCUUUUAUUUCGGUAAAUAAGAUACUUUUUCUUCUGAACAGACUUGAUGACUUGCAUAGCCCACUUACAUGUUACUGGUUUCACUCCCACCCAAAUACCCACAUCCAUCAAAAACUGUGUCAAAGUAAAAUUUUAUACAAGAAGUCCCCAAGUUACAAACAUCUGACUUGCGUACAUCCGUGUCAUAUACAUUAAUUACCGUAGCUGACUGAUGUGUUCGGGAAGGAAAAAAUUGACAGUGAAUGCACGGUUGCCUAGUUAUCGUUGAAUAACGUUUAACUGUAGAAGUGUAUUUGUACUGAAAUAAAAUUUUAUUUACACAUUAA